CUAAUGGCCGUAGUGUUCGCUUUAUAUUUGUUAAGUUUUCAUUUAUGUACGCACGCCAUCUGUUUUCAGUUAUCCAACAGUUUGACAUGUUGACGAACGGUCUAUCGCGCAACAAGUACGAAUAAUAAUAAUAAAAAUGUCCCGCUGAAAACAAGUGGCCAGUGUCAGUUACUAAGUGUGUGCAUAACGCAUGCCUAUUUUUUUUUUUUGCCAUUUCGCUUAAGAAAAUUAUGGGUCUCAACAGUAAUUUCAGUGCUCAACAGCAACAACAAAGGCACACAGAUUUCCAAAAUGUCAUCAAGCCGACAGCAACAACAAUGACAGAUCACCUGAACAAGCAUCAAAACCGACUCGCCCAGGUGAGGCAGGAGCAUUUACUUAAGUUUUGGGACGAGCUCACACCGGACAAACGUCUCCAGCUGGAGCGUGACUUAGCUAAGCUCGACUUUGAUGAGAUCAAACCCAAUUGGGAACGUGCCACCAUCUCAAUGAAUGCGAAUGGCAUCAAGCUGGACGGUCGCAUGCAACCCAUGCCCGACGAGCAGAUACUGUCGAUAGCUCGCACUACGCCGGACAAAUUGAACGCCUAUCGGGAGAAGGGAUUGGAACAGAUUGCCAAAGGCUAUGUCGCGGUGCUGCUCAUGGCGGGUGGACAAGGCACUCGACUUGGCUUCGAUCAGCCCAAGGGAAUGUAUGACGUGGGCUUGCAAUCGCAUAAAACGCUCUUUCGCAUACAGGCGGAAAGGAUUCAAAGGCUGGAGCAGUUGGCCGAAGAAGCAUGCGGCCAAAGGGGCUGUAUUGUUUGGUAUAUAAUGACAUCGGAGCACACAAUGCAGCCAACUCAGAAUUAUUUGGAAGCCAACAACUAUUUUGGACUGAGGGAGGAGAAUGUGGUGCUCUUUGAGCAGGGCUCAUUACCAUGCUUCGACUACGAUGGACGCAUCAUUCUAGACGAGAAGCAUCGCGUCUCGCGCUCUCCAGAUGGCAAUGGUGGCAUCUACCGAGCAAUGCAACGUGCAGGUGUUUUGGAUGAUAUGGAGAGGCGUGGCAUACUCUAUGUGCAUGCGCACAGUGUUGACAACAUACUGAUUAAGGUGGCUGAUCCCAUAUUCAUUGGCUAUUGCGUUCAGGAGCAGGCGGACUGUGCCGCCAAGGUGGUGGAGAAAUCAUCACCCAAUGAGGCAGUCGGUGUGGUGGCCAUUGUCGAUAACAAAUACCAAGUGGUGGAGUACAGUGAAAUCUCACCAAAGACGGCCGAAAUGCGCAACGCCGACGGACGUCUCACAUAUAGCGCUGGGAAUAUAUGCAAUCACUUCUUCACUGUCGCCUUUCUACGUAAGAUCGGCAACAGCUAUGAGCGUAAGCUGAAGCUGCAUGUGGCCAAGAAAAAGAUACCCUUUGUGGACAAUGCGGGCAAUCGCUUGACGCCCAAUCAACCCAAUGGCAUCAAGAUUGAGAAAUUCGUUUUCGAUGUCUUCGAAUUUGCUGAAAAGUUUGUGGCAAUGGAAGUGCCACGUGACGAGGAGUUCAGUGCCCUCAAGAAUGCCGAUUCGGCUGGCAAGGACUGCCCAAGCACAGCACGCGAUGACCUCCAUCGCUUGCAUCGCAAAUACAUAGAGAACGCCGGCGGCACUGUUCACGGUGACAUUUGUGAGAUUUCGCCAUUUGUUAGCUAUGCGGGCGAGAAUCUCGAAGAGCUUGUGGCUGGCAAAUCCUUCAGCAGUCCCGUUUACUUGCGCGAAUCCCCAAUGCACGGACAUCUCUAGAACACCAAUACACGCCCACACACCCACACCCACACACAUGCAUAUGUACAUAUAGACUGAUAAAUGUGGAUAGUUUCUGUUAAAAAAAUUAUGUUCUUUGAUUCCAUUGUUUUUCAGUACUUAAAGGCAAUAUUCACAAUAUAUUUAUAUAUAUAAAAUUAUCGUUUGUUUAAACAUUUCAUUCUCUGUGC